GUGACUACAACCAAGUUAUGUCCAGUCCUUGUAGUGUCUCCAUGGUCAAGGUGGAGGAGUUUACGGAAACAUACGUCAGAGAUAGUAAAUACAAGGGCUCCUAUAAAGCCGACUGCUCUCUGACCACUAACAGAAACAUAAACACCCGACACAGAGGCAACCUGCAUGCUGUACAAAGAUGCGCGGACCAGUUACAGGAUGUUUGUUGCUGGUGUAUGUUGUUGCUCUUCUGGCUGAGCAGGCAGAGGGACACAUUGCCUUCUUCAGCCCUAAAGAAAUGAGAGAGCUCAGGGAAAAGGAGGGAAGGAAGGAUGCUGAUUCUAUGCGAGAUGGAGUUUUGACUGACGAGAUGUCUCCGGAAGAAGAUGGAGGAGAGUCAGCGCCUGUAGAAAUAGGGCUGAAGCUCACUGCUAAAAAAGGCCACAUUGGAUCUGCUUUCGGUAAGAUGCUGCAGAGCAUCGUAGAAGAGGUAGAGAAGGUGAAAUAAUACUGGGAUUUUCAUCUGUAUUCAGUGACAAUUGCAGACUGAUGAUUCAACAUUUGUUUCAAACAAGAAUGUUUUGUCUAUGAAUGUAAAAAAAUUCUAAAUAAAAUAAAAUUGCAUGGAAAUUCAGUUUCUUGUCAUAUAUAGGUGUUGUAACUCUUUAGACUCUUAAUUUGCCUCUAAAUUUAAAUGAUUAAAAACCUACGCUACCAGUCAAAAGU